UGUGCUAAAGCGCGUGUGCCUACGCCUCUCUUCUAGCGUCGCUGCGACUCGCCCUUUUGCUUCUAGGGUUUCUUCUCUGUCGAUUCCUUGAUCAAUCAAGAACCCUAACCCCUCUCUGUUCCUUCGUUUUCCUUAUCACGUUGCUUCUACCAAAAACCCUAUAUAAAACCCUAGAUUCGUGUCCCACGCUUAAUUUUUCGGGAUGGCUUCUGGUCCAUUACAAGGUGUCGGAGCUUCGAAACCGAAGCAUAGAUGGACCGCGAGCGGCAACAAAAGCCAGAGUCGGCCGAAGCCCGCAAUGGCGUCGAGACAGGAACGGCCGGUUCCACCUGUUUCUCCGACCAAUUCUAUUGCAUCGGAGGAUGAUCACCACAUGGUGAAUAUAAGUUUAAAUUCGAUUUCGAAGCUCGAAGUUAGGAACUUGAAGAGGAAAUUGAAAGCUGAGCUGGAUGAAGUUCGGAGCUUGAUCAAACGGCUCGAGCCCCGUGAAAAUGUCUCCGGAGGUCUCGGGGACAUGCCCAGAGCUGAUGCUAAGAAGAUGAAGGCCGGCAAUGGCGGUAAGAAGGGUGGGUUUGGUACGGACAAAGGUAUGGUUCAGAUUCUCAAGAACUGCAACAAUUUGCUUACAAAAUUGAUGAAGCAUAAGUUUGGUUGGGUUUUCAAUGCACCUGUGGAUGUGAAGGGGCUUGGUUUGCAUGAUUAUCACACCGUUGUUAAGAAACCUAUGGAUUUGGGUACUGUGAAGACUAGGUUGGGCAAAAACUGGUAUAAAUCGCCAUUGGAGUUCGCCGAGGAUGUGAGACUUACCUUUAACAAUGCAAUGUUGUAUAACCCCAAGGGCCACGAGGUGCAUCACAUGGCCGAGCAUUUGUUGAAAAUGUUAGAAGAGAAGUGGGUUUCCAUUGAAUCACAGUAUGAUAUUCUUAAUCGGAGUCGUAAACCUACCCGUGGUUUUGAGUUUCCUGUUCCUGUUUCAACAAACACUCCUGUCGUGGAUCCAUUACCUGCUCCGACUCCUUCCCCGUCUCCUCCACGGGUUGUCGAGAAUUGGACAUUGGAGAGAGCAGAAUCUAUGACGACACCUGUGGAACAUGAAACAGUCACUAUGGUCUCUGAGAAGCCAGAAGAGGAACAACAAGACAGAGAAGAAGAGGAGAGAGAAGAAGAGGAUGACGAAGAAGCUCCCGGUACGAGGGACCUGACAUUUGAAGAGAAACGGAGACUCAGUGAAGACCUUCAGGACUUGCCCUUUGACAGACUAGAGACUGUUGUUCAGAUUAUAAAAAAGAGGAAUCCCGAACUCUCUCAGCAAGAUGACGAGAUCGAGCUGGAUAUCGAUAGUGUUGAUCUCGAAACACUUUGGGAGCUUCACAGAUUCGUGACAGAGUACAAGGAGAGCUUGAACAAGAAAAAAGAGGAUCAUGGUUUUGGUUCAGAAAGAGACGCCGAAUCGGUUCACAAUAUUAAUCAGGAACUGAGUGUCGUAGCAACUGGUACUGGGACAUCGAGAGUUACUGAAUCAGCAGGCAGAGCAACACCACCUACGAGAUCUCCCGUUCAACGAGAAAACAACCUUAGUGGAUCGAGUAGUUCUAACAGUUCAAGUAGUGACUCGGGUUCUUGUUCUAGUGAUUCAGACAGUGACAGCUCCUCAGGACAUGGAUCUGAUAAGGGGUAAUUAGCCAAUAACAUGUGAAAGUGCUUAUAGCUUAGGUGAGAGCCAUCAUGUUGUUGAUUUCAAUGUGCAUCUCUAUCAAUAGCACAAUUAGAUUUGCUUGCUAAGUCAUGCCUUUUGUAUCACACUCCAUCGGAUUAUUUCUGGUUUUAGGUCUUUUAACUGUACAGAAAAAGAUGAACAAUUUAGGUAA